AUGACGAUCGACCAUGAUUUCAAUGGCGAAGACAUUCUAUUUCCCAUAGAAAGCAUGAGUAGUAUGCAAUAUACGGAAAACAAUAAUCCGAAUAACAUUAAUAAUGAUAUUAUUCCGUAUUCUCUAGAUAUUAAAAACACCGUCUUGGAUGGUGCAGACCUCAGUAACAUCCAAACCCAAGAAACCCCAUUAACCUUGGGGCUUCCUCCACUAUCUUUCGAUUCCCCGCUGCCUACAACGGAAACGAUACCCUCCACUACUGAUAAUAGCUUACAUUUGAAAGCUGAUAGCAACAAAAAUCGUAAUGCAAGAACUAAUGAAAAUGAUAGUGAAAACAACAAUGCUACUAAUAACGCUAAUGCUUCUGGGGCAAACCAAUAUACAACUCUUACAUCACCGUAUCCUAUGAACGACAUUUUGUACAACAUGAACAAUCCUUUACAAUCACCUUCGCCUUCAUCGGUACCUCAAAAUCCGGCGAUAAAUUCUCUCGUAAAUACAACAAAUAACGAAACCAACUUAUCGCCUCAGACUUCAAACGGGAAUGAAACUCUCGUAUCCCCUCGAGUUCAACAACAAACGUCUGCUAAUGACAAUCGUCUGUCUUUUCCUAAUGCUGCUAAUUCGAAUCUUUUCAUUGACACUAACCCAAACAAUUUGAACGAAAAACUAAGAAACCAAUUGAACUCAGAUACAAAUUCAUAUUCUAACUCUAUUUCUAACUCCAACUCCAAUUCUACGGGCAAUUUAAAUUCUAGUUAUUUUAAUUCAUUGAACAUAGAUUCCAUGUUAGAUGAUUACGUAUCUAGUGACCUUUUAUUGAAUGAUGAUGAUGAUGACACUAAUCUGUCGCGUCGAAGGUUCAGCGACGUUAUAACAAACCAAUUUCCAUCAAUCACGAAUUCUAGAAAUUCUAUUUCUCAUUCUUUGGACCUUUGGAACCAUCCAAAAAUCAACUCAAACAAUAGAAACACAAAUGUCAAUGUUAAUUCCAAUUCUACCUCAAGUUCCAAUGCAAGUCCGAAUACCACUACCGCCAAUGCAAAUGCAGACCCAAAUAUUGCUGGAAACCCAAACAACAAUGAUGCUACCAUAGACAAUGAGCUGACACAAAUUCUCAACGAGUAUAAUAUGAAUUUCAAUGAUAAUUUGGGCACAUCCACUUCUAGCAGGAACAAAUCUGCUUGUCCAAAUUCUUUUGAUGCUAAUACCAUGACAAAGAUAAAUCCAAGUCAACAACUACAGCAACAACUAAACCGAUUUCAACACAAACAACUCACAUCAUCACAUAAUAACAGUAGCACUAAUAUGAAAUCAUUCAACAGUGAUCUUUAUUCAAGAAGGCAAAGAGCUUCUUUACCCAUAAUCGACGAUUCACUAAAUUACGGCGUGGUUAAUAAGCAAGAUGAAGAUCCCAAAAACGAUAUGCCACCGAAUUCAAAUUCAGCCUCAUCGCAACAGUUUAUUAAACCAUCUAUGAUUCUUUCAGACAAUGCGUCCGUUAUUGCCAAAGUGGCGACUACGGGCAUGAACAGUGAAAUGUCAUUUUUGACAGAAGAAGGUGAGCAGAAUACCAAUACAACUCCAAAUUUUGAUCUUUCCAUGACUCAAAUGAACAUGGCUCCUUUAUCACCGGCGUCAUCAUCCUCCACGUCACUUGCAACAAAUCAUUUCUAUCACCAUUUCCCACAACAGGGUCACCACGCCAUGAACUCGAAAAUUGGGUCUUCUCUUCGAAGGCGGAAAUCUGCCGUGCCUUUGAUGGCUACAGUUCCGCUUUCAAAUCAACAAAAUAAUAUAAGCAGUAGCAGUGUCAACUCAACUGGUAAUGGUGCUGGCGUCACGAAGGAAAGGAGACCAAGUUACAGGAGGAAAUCAAUGACACCAUCCAGAAGAUCAAGUGUCGUGAUGGAAUCGACAAAGGAACUUGAGGAGAAACCGUUCCACUGUCACAUUUGCCCCAAGAGCUUUAAGAGAAGCGAGCAUCUGAAAAGGCAUGUAAGAUCCGUUCAUUCCAAUGAACGACCAUUUGCUUGCCAUAUAUGUGACAAGAAAUUUAGUAGGAGCGAUAAUCUGUCGCAACAUAUCAAGACCCAUAAAAAACAUGGAGACAUUUAA